GUGACGGAAAAUGGGGAAUAUCCGAUAAAUGUUUAAACCAGCAAAACUUCAUGUGUCAGAUAUCAGACAGAAAAGUUGUUAAUCCACCCACUGUGUUACCAGCAAAUGGCUCAUGUGACCCUGCCUGGGAGGCCUACUCGUUUUCAUGCUACUUCUUUUCUCAAGAUGACUCUAAAAGCUGGCUAGAAGCACAAAGGACGUGUGAAGAUGAAAGAGCUUAUUUAGUCAAAGUGGAUGAUGUCAGAGAGAUGUCCUUUAUUAGCGGCAAGCUAGUAUCUAGCUCGUGGAUUGGAGUCAAUGACAGAGAGACUGAGGGACAGUGGGUGUGGCACGAUAAUACAGUAGCGACCUAUACCAACUGGGCCCCUGACAAACCAGACAAUGUUGACUCGGGCUCUGAAGCUCACUGUGGAACUGUUCUGUUUGGAAAUGCCAAAGGACUGUGGGACGAUGUCCGGUGUAAUGAACAUCGGGCCGAGGCGGUUCUCGAAUAUAGUCAAAGUCAAACGGAUGUUUAUUACAAGUCCACGGGAGUAACAAUUCCACGUUUUAGUGAUAUUUUUAACUACGAAUUUCGGAAUACACCUAUGCUCGUUUUCAGAGCAUUCAGCCCUGUUAUUCCUUUUAUAUCUACAAGUAAAGAGCCCUCCUUCACAGCAAAAUGUGGUAUGUUUUGGGAAGAUGACUCAUUCAGUGAGUACUGCUAUCAGGUCAAUGUGGGUACUUUGUCUUGGAAUGAAGCUAGAUUGCAAUGUCAGCAUAAUGGUGGAGAUCUUGCCAGCGUGACCAGUUUGCGUGAACAGCAAUAUAUAGCAGGCAAGAUUGGUGCCAUCUCAGACAUGCGUUAUUACUGGCUUGGUGGUAAUGAUCUACGGUACCAAAAUGUAUGGAUGUGGAAUGAUGGGGCAGCGUUUGCAUAUCUUAACUGGGCUACAGGCCACCCUAACACAGAACAACGCAAAGACUGCAUGGAGAUAGACGCAUUCAAAACUGAAUGGAAAAGCGAGGACUGCCGACAACGGCGAGGGUACAUCUGCAAAAAGAAAGGACACGUCACCGUUACCACGUCCACUGUAACCACAGUUGAUAUAGGGUAUCCAUACUGUACCGACGGUUGGAAGCAUUACGACCAGAGCUGUUAUAAAGUGGUGAAGGACAAGAAGCAAUGGAGCCUUGCCAUAAACGCAUGUAGAAGAGAAGGCGGUGAUCUGGUGUCUAUUCUGAGUGCCAAUGAAAACAACUUUGUCUCUAGCUUGACAGGGGAGAUGGGUUAUGAUCCGAAAGAGAUUUGGCUUGGGCUGAAUUCCAAGAGAAUGUUCAACCAGUAUGAGUGGACAGAUGACUCCGUGGUCACUUUUACAAGUUGGAAGGAGCGGGAGCCCAGUGGUCACCAUGGAAACGGACAGUGCGUCAGCCUACUGACCACAGCAGAGGACAUUGGUAAAUGGAAGAACAAUGACUGUGAUCAGUGGCUUCCCUUUAUAUGUAAGAAGAUUGCUACACAUAUGGUGUCGCCACCUACCGUAAUGUACGACGGAUGCAAUAAGACUGCCGUUGGUUACAGAGGAUCAUGCUACACUGUGUCCAACACAAUUGCUACAUGGACAGAAGCUGGAAGGUUAUGCAACGGCUCGGGUGGAUAUCUCUUAGCACUAAACAACCAUCUGGAGCAAGCCUACAUCUCAGGACUGAUUGGCAAUAAGGCAACUGAUACAGAAUACUGGAUUGGUCUGAGUAAAGGCAGCGUGGAAAGUAGCUACAAAUGGCUUACAAAGAAUUCACAAAGUACAUUUACAAACUGGAACAAGUUUCACACAGGGAACGAAGAGUACGUUUGUGUGGCAGUUUCCAAGACACCAGAUAUCACAGGUGAAUGGGUGGACAGGAAGUGCUCCCAACGAAAGUUAUUCAUCUGUGAAUACCCCAGGGCUGGAUAUGUUGGCGACACUCCCACCACACCUUCUGUGUCUUAUGAGUGCCCGGAAGGAUGGGGCUGGAGAGAAUUUGGCGAUUUUUGUUAUAAGAGAUAUCACCACCGAGGAGGGUAUAGUUGGUAUGAAGGGCGCGACCACUGCAGAACGAUAGGUGGCGAUCUUGCAAGUUUUCAUAGCGAGAUUCACCUGUGGAACGCUUCCGAUGUGUCCAAAUAUGCGCUUCGUUCACCCGACAUUUUCUGGAUUGGCCUGUCUAAACCAGACAAGAAGACCAGUCACAUUUGGUCGGACGGGUCAGCGCUUGAUUUCACGUACUGGAAAGACGGGGAACCGAAUGACCACAAUGGACAGGAAGACUGUGUUGAGAUGAACCGCCAUCUUGGAAGGUGGUCUGACGUCAAUUGUUACGCCAGCAGGGGCGUGCUGUGUCAGUUACGGAAGGGCGAUCCCCUCUUAACUACCGUCACAGCAACAUCGCCAACACCAGCUUCUCAAUGUGGUUCGGAUUCAAAAUGGUUUGCAUACAAAGAUUACUGUUACACUGUGAGUCAAUCCUAUGGAACGAAUGAAGUAGUGUCAUGGCAAGACGCAAGAGGGCAGUGCUUGCAGUCCGGCGGGGAUCUAGCCAGUAUACACGACAGUGAUGAAAAUGACUUUGUUCUUUAUAUCGCAUCUCAUAAGAGUUUUGCUUCGAAAUACUGGAUUGGACUGAACGAGUUGGACUUAGAAAGUUACAAAUGGUCUGAUGGCACGGCUACUGACUACACAUCCUGGAGUCUUAACGAACCUAACGAUCUCCAUGGUGGCCAGAAGUGUGUUAUAUUCAUAACCGAAACAGGGCAUUGGAGUGACGAGAACUGUGGCGAAGCACUGAGCUACAUAUGUAAGAAACACAAAGACAGCAGUACAACGGCCACACCCACCCCAACACCAGUCAUACAUGGUCAAUGCCCAGUUGGAUUCCAUGGGAUCGGAAACAAGUGUUACUUGAUCCAAGGAGAUGGCACUGACGUCAGUACGUUAAAGAACUGGACGGAGGCGAUAGAUGCAUGCGCAGCACUGAAUAGUAAAUACACACUGGCUAGCAUUACAAACCCAUUAGAGGAAGCACUAGUGACGACCCUUCUGAAAGGGAAAACAGUAGAUUUUUGGCUUGGAAUCAGCAUGUUUUGGGUGGGCACGAGGCACAGGAUGAGGAAAUUUCAAUGGACUGACAACACAAAAGUUGACUUCCUAUACUGGGACCACGGAGAACCCAAUGGCCAGUCAUAUGGAGCUGAUAUGGAAAAUUGUGUCAGCAUAAGCACUAAGACAUUGUCGGUUGGGCAUUGGCAAGAUAGAAAGUGUGCGAUUAGGAUGGGAUAUGUGUGCCAAGCUUGGAAAGACCCUACCUUGACCACCCAAGCACCAACACAGGCCACUACAUCUUGUCCCCUCGGUUACUUAUCCUUUGGGGACGCCUGCUACCAAAUGACGUCACCUAUGACGUGGGAAGUAGCCAAAGUCACGUGUGAGAGACAACAAGAUACGCUGGUGUCUAUAAUGGAUGGAUAUGAACAGGCAUUUCUCAUGCUGGUAACGCAGCAGCCCCCACAGCCCAUUUGGCUGGGUAUUUAUAGGAAUGGGUCCACAUACCAAUGGGUAGAUGGCUGGCCAGCGGAUUAUCUCAAUUGGGCAUCAAUAGCGCCCAUAGGCAUAGAUCCAUCAAAAUGCAUCGCUCUUAUGCCAGGAGGCCGUUGGAAUGAUAUGCCGUGUACAGCUAACCUGCCAUCAGUAUGCAAAAGAACAUCGGCCUCACCUCCCACUAUAAUUCCUGAACCUGAGAACACAGGGCAGUGUCCGAGUGGCAACUCAUGGCGUCCAUACGGCCACCACUGCUAUCAAUUUAACCAACAAUUCAAGAGGUGGGGCCAAGCGAACUUUCAUUGUUAUAAACAAGGCGGGACGCUAGCGUCUAUAACAAGUCAGGGCAUUAUGAGAUUCAUUGUAAAGACUCUCCGAGAGAUGAAAUCUAGACAGAGUAGAAAGUAUUAUAUUGGGUUGGUUAGGAAAUUUGGAGGGUCAUUUGGUUGGGAAGACGGUUCACUUGUCAAUUAUUUGAAUUGGGAGGAAAUGGAGCCUUCUAAUAACACUGAGAAAAACUGUGCUACCAUACACCCAGGAAAUGGAGGGUGGCAGGCAGCUAAUUGUUUAUAUUUCCAUAACUUUAUUUGUAAAAUAGCAAAAAUUCCAGUGCCAACCACACCAGGUCCUGCGUGCAGAGAAGAUUGGUUCCAAAGAGACAAUAUGUGCUACAAGGCGUUUUUUAAAACGGGCGUACACAAGAAGAAGUGGGAAAACGCCCGUCUCUUCUGUCAGUCAGAAGGGGGAAAUCUGGCAAGUUUUCACAGCUCAGAGGAAAUAGAUUGGUUCAUGAGUCGAUUAAAAAGUACUAACAGAUAUUCACUGAACACGAGGUCACUUUGGAUUGGAUUGCAUCUGGCAGCAAAUGCAACAGAUGGCGCCAACCAUACCUGGUCUGACGGCACAGCAAACACGUACGCCCCCUGGGGACUAGGCGAACCUGACAACCACAACGGCAGAGAAAUAUGUGUUAGCCUCUUCAAGACGAAGGGGACUUUCAGAGAUGAUAACUGUGCAGCUGCCAAAGGCUGGAUAUGUAAAACAUCGGUUACUGCAACUCCUAUGCCAAGCACAAUAACGACGCCAAUUCAAGGCGUGGGUAAUUGUGGUGAAAACUGGAACUCUUUCGGCGAACACUGUUACUAUGUUAGUGAGGAUAGCAGUUGGACAUUAACACCUAAAAAGUCUUGGUUCAAGGCACGCCAGUGGUGCCUGGAGAACGCUGGCGAUCUUCUUAGUAUACAGACUACCGGUGAGGAGGAUUUUGUAACAACAUUGGUCAGCAAGACACAAUACACCAAGUUUUGGAUCGGUGCAAACUCGUUUGACCUUCAGGGAUACAGAUGGGCCGACGGCUCUCCAAUGAUCUACAUUAACUGGGCCAAAGGAGAGCCAAACUCUGUUCACGGGAGCGAGAGAUGUGUGAAUAUCCACUCAGGGAAGAAUAACGUCGUUCCCGGGACCUUCAAUGACGACAACUGUGCCGAUGAAAUGCCAUUCAUAUGUAAGAAACACCAGUCAAGUAAGACAACUGGAACAAUGGCAACGACACCUUCCAUAAGCGGUUAUUGUCCCAGAGGAUUUCACGGCGUUGGUAACAGGUGUUACAAGUUUUUCGGAAAGGUGGAUUCAGAGAGGAAGACAUGGGAGGAUGCGGCAGCUGAGUGUUCGACUUUGGGGAAAGAAUUUAGUUUGGCAUCCAUUACAAACCCACUGGAACAAGGGUACGUAACCAGUCAUUUGCAGGACACCGAUGUAGACCUCUGGAUAGGCUUGAGCUCUACUUUUGACUAUAUUUAUGCCCGUCGCCAUGUUUUCCGUUGGCUGACCAACGAGGAAGUGAGCUUUGUGAACUGGGACGUUCGGAGUCCCACUUUAGGACAAUCAAACGAUAGAGAAUGCGUUAAAGUCAGAAAUACUAAGAGAAGUCUGGGAAGAUGGGUGGACUUAGAGUGUUCUCAGGUUAAUGGCUACAUAUGCCAAACCUGGAAAGAUUCCCGUAUCAGUACUCCUUGGACACCAGCGGUUUCAACCUCGGGUGCCUGUAAGUCUGGUUACACGUCUUACAAUGGUCAGGCAUGCUAUAAACUAUACAUAGCGGCUGUUAGCUGGGAACAAGCACGGGACCAAUGCACGGCCGAUGGGACUUUGUUGGCAUUUGUACCAGAUCUCCGCACGGAGGCCAAUAUUCAGUUAAUAAUGGCAGAGGCGUCUGGUCGACCUGCUUGGAUUGGUUUAAAGGAUAUGGGUCAGCAAAACUUUAGUUGGGUGAACGAAUGGCCUCUGACCUAUACGAACUGGGAUCAAGGUCAACCAAGCGCAGCAGGCCAGUGUGGUGUGAUAACCCCCAGUGCCAAAUGGAGGUCUUCAGACUGCAAUAAUAGAUAUCCUUUUGUCUGUAUGUCAACGGAGGCCAAACCCCCAACCACCACGGUGCCAUUACCUGGGUGGUGCCCUGAAGGAAACGGAUGGAUCGAGUACGGCGCUUCCUGUUUCUUUUACGAUGCGCAUGCGUAUGAGACUUGGGCGGGCGCUAAAUUUGAAUGCUACAAGCGUGGAGGACAACUUGCAUCUUUCGCAAAUCAAGAUGAGGUGGAUUUUAUUCUUGGUUUAACGAAAAGUGAGAGCACUUAUAGAAACUUGUGGAUUGGUCUUAUUCGAAGAUUUCAAGAUGAGUUUGUUUGGUUUGAUGGGACACCUGUUGAUUUCACGAACUGGUCACCUGGACAACCACGUGACCAAGGAAGAAGCGAGGACUGCGUGGAGUUCAAGGUCACGACCGGUGAAUGGGAUGACAUCGUUUGUAACCGUGGUUUAGGAUUUAUAUGCAAAACUCCAAAGAUUAGGCCAACAGCAUCCGUAUCGAUCAACGAAACAUCACCAUUGCAAACGGAAUCAGGAAAUCCCACGGUAUCACCAGAGACCAACAAGCAGACAGAGGCACAAAUGGGACUACCUGUGAAUGGAGGGACUGUUGCAGUAAUAGUUCUAUGUCUGGUCAUUGCUUACCUACUCGCCAUCAUAGGGUUCACUGUAUUUAGACGGCGUCAAGUAUCCAUUGCUUUGGCGUCCUUCAACAAAGAAACUGGAGACACUGUGGCAUUUUCAUAUGCAGAUAACAAAGAUACUGAGCUUUUUGAAAUACCAUUCAAUGACGAAAAUGAACGUUUGUAA